AUGGAUAAGCCAGAGUCAUCUUCAGCUCAGGCCAAAAGAGGCCUGCAAGAGAAUCUCGCGGGGGCUCCCGCAGACUACGAGUUACCUUGGGUAGAGAAGUACCGGCCUGUAUUCCUCGAUGACAUCGUCGGAAACACAGAGACCAUUGAGCGGCUGAAAAUCAUUGCGCGCAAUGGCAACAUGCCGCAUGUUAUCAUCUCUGGUAUGCCGGGGAUCGGGAAGACGACUUCGAUCCUGUGUCUAGCGCGACAGAUGCUGGGAGAUUCAUAUAAGGAGGCUGUUUUAGAAUUGAAUGCUAGCGACGAGAGAGGCAUCGAUGUGGUUAGAAACCGAAUAAAAGGCUUCGCGCAGAAAAAAGUCACACUCCCACAAGGGCGACAUAAAUUGGUGAUCCUCGACGAGGCAGACAGCAUGACAUCCGGCGCGCAGCAAGCCCUCCGGCGAACCAUGGAAAUUUACUCCACAACAACGCGCUUCGCCUUCGCCUGCAACCAAUCGAACAAAAUCAUCGAACCACUGCAAUCCCGCUGCGCGAUCCUGCGCUACGCGCGCCUGACGGAUGGGCAGAUCCUCAAGCGGCUCACACAGAUCUGCGAGGCGGAGAAGGUAAAAUACUCCGAAGACGGGCUAGAAGCGUUGAUAUUCAGCGCGGAGGGUGAUAUGCGGCAGGCCAUCAACAACCUGCAGAGCACGUGGGCUGGAUUUGGGUUCGUGAGCGGCGAAAACGUCUUCCGCGUCGUCGACAGUCCGCACCCGGUCAAAGUGCAGGCGAUGAUCAAAGCGUGCUGGGAGGGGAAGAUCGAUGCGGCGUUGGAUUCGUUGAAUGAAUUAUGGGAUCUCGGCUACUCCUCGCACGACAUAAUCAGCACGAUGUUCCGGGUGACGAAGACGAUGCCGACGCUCUCUGAACAUACCAGACUCGAAUUCAUCAAGGAGAUAGGCUUUACGCACAUGCGGAUAUUGGAAGGGGUGCAGACGCUCGUACAGCUCAGCGGGUGUCUGGCCAAGCUAUGCCGGAUCAACAUGAAACCGGAGAGCUUCCAGCUUCCGUCGUCGAAGCGGUGA